GAAAAAAUUGGGUGCAUGGGUUUUUUUCGCGUUUAUUUCAGAAUCACGACUCUCUUACUAAUAAUAAAAACCGGUUACCUACUUAUAAAAAAAUUUAGACAUUUAGUGCAAUAUAACGGGAAUAAAUCGAUAUGAAAUCGAUAAACCAUAUAUGGGUUAGUAUGCCGUAGAAGAUUAAUCAGACAGACCAUGGUAACUUUUAUCAAUUUAUUAAGCUUAAAGCUUCAUCGUUAUGUAUUUCAAAUUUUGUAUAAAAGGUUUAAACACCCCCAUUUUUUUAUUCAGUAGUGCAAAUAUCACAACAGUUAGUAGACGGUAAUAAAAAGAUAGUUUUAGUUUCUCCUGUUAAUCAAGUAAAUAGAAGUUAAUCAUGAAUACCGGCAGACAUUUAGGAAAAGGAACUCCAUUCCCAACAGUUCCGGAAGGUGAUAAACUCUUACGUUUGAUCUCAGGACGUUGGUGUCCAUACGGGCAUCGUGUUCAUUUGGUUCUUGAUACCAAAGAAAUUCCAUACCAUACAAUUUACUGUGAUCUUCUCAAUAAGCCUGAAUGGCUUUUUGAAAGAAGUCCAUUAGGUAAAAUUCCUGCUCUCGAAUUGCCUAAUGAAGAUGGUUGUCCUGCUAUUUUGGAUUCAAUGGCAAUUUGUGAAUAUUUGGAUGAUAAAUAUCCUCAAAAUCCUGUACUCUCUCGUGAUCCUCUGAAAAAGUACUACGAAAAAAAUUUGAUGGAGAAAUUUGGCCCUGUGGGAGCAGCCCUAUAUAAAGUAUAUAUGUUAGGACCUGAGAAAGCACCUGGAUGCAUUGAAGAUACUGAAAAAGCACUUGAAGUUUAUGACAAAGAACUUGAGAGUCGCAAUACACCAUUCUUUGCAGGUGAUAAACCUGGUUGGGUGGACUUUAUGAUUUGGCCAUGGAUCGAACGUAUGGCAAUGAUUAAGUACUUAUAUGGUGAAUCAAACGAUGUGAACUAUGGAAAACUUAAGAAUUUCGCUAAAUGGAUUGAAUCAAUGAAGGAAGUUCCAGCUGUGAAAGAUUUUAUGUUGGAUGGAGAAACUCAUGCUAAGUAUGCCAAAUCUAAAGCAGAUGGCAACCCUGACAAUGAUAUGUUGUUGAAGCAGUAGAAAGGAAAACCAAUUUGAGACUCCUAUGCACGGACACAAUACACCAUAAUUUUAUUGUAUUUUUAAGCAAUAUUUUCAGGAAAUAAAAAGUA